CCUUUGAUGAAACCGCUUGCCUGAAAUCUUCUCUCCUAUCUCUUCCAUUCCAAUCUCCGCUCCUCUCCUCUCUAUCUAUCCGCUUGCCCCUUUCUUCUUUCCUCUAAAAUUCCAAUCUUUCUCAUUGCUUUUUUGAUUCCAAGCUUCAAGAUUUUCAAUAGGGUUCUUGCCCUUCUGCUUAUUUGACAAAUUCUGUUCCUUUCUUUCGUAUUCUCACGGACGAACAAACCCCAGCUCAUGAUUGAGAUUUUGGCCUUUAAGUAAAUGAUUCACUGCUCAGCUAGAGACAAUGGUGUUGGUAACCCAUAAAUUGCAGGGUUCACAUGUCUUGUCUCCUUGGAGUUCACCAACAUGGACCAGAGGCUUGAUUUUAAAGAGACCUGUUACGACAGUGCACUUUGUUGAGAGGAAAGAUAAGCAUUUACGAUUGAAGCAAAAAUGUUGUUUUAGUUUAGGGUCCUCUUGCAAUGGUGGAUUGAGGGCAAAACCUUUCAGAGUUACAUCUUUUAAAGGUAGCAUCAAAAAUAAUGAAUCAGGAGGAAGUGAGGGUGGGAAGAAAGUUACUAAUAACUCAGUCAAACUAUCUUACCGUUCGGAUGAUGACGAAAAUAAUGUGAACGGCUCUCCAAAGGCACAAAACACUUCGCUUUCAUAUACCUCGGAAACAGAGGAUUCAAUCACAGGGCAACCUGCUAUUCAGAAACUAUUCAAGAAAUGGUUAACAUUGUUGCGCACACAAUCACCUAUUCAAGUGAUUGACGAGGCUUUAGGAGGAGAACAGGUUCCACCAGCGACGAAGCAAGAAACUGAAACAGAAAUCCGGAAAACAGAAAGCCUCCAGAGUACCAAAAAUACAGUUUGGUCCUGGUUUUGGAGUCUAGACGCAGCUAUCAAGAUUCCAUUGCUGUUAUUUGUUCCAGCUUUCCUAGCUGUUAAUGCGAUCUAUGGAGCUGAAGUUACAAAGGAAUUAUCCCCAAUGUGGGUGGUCGGCCCCUUGAUUGUCGCCCUUUAUAUCAAAAUGUUCCAAGGACUAUGCUCCCUUUACGCCUUCUGCUUCAACCAAACCAUCAAAAUGAUAAGAAACUUACCAUCGUAUUACCUUGUAGCAUACCAUUACAUUGCCCAUGGAAAGCUCAAAGACGACGUGAAAGCUCUAGUGUUUAGACCAGUGGUGGCCAUCAAGAACACAGACUACAAAGAGCUCACACGCACAAAGCUGAAACAGUUCCAAGAAUGGAUCAUUGAGAGAUACCUGGAUUUUGUUGAAUCUGUAUGGCCUUAUUACUGCAGAACUAUCAGAUUCCUGAAGAGGGCUAACCUGAUUUGAAGAUCUUCAACAUGGAACCCCUCAGAUUCUGACAUUCUCAGGGCUUCUCUAUGAUCCCUCUCUGUGCUUUGUUUACCUUUUUUUUAUUCUUAAUUUUAGGAAGGCGUUUCAUGUUUAUGUUGUUGUCUCCAUGUAUACUGUUAUCUUUUUUGAGGUUUUACAAUGAGUUCUUUUACUAUUAAGGGUAUCCUUUUACUCCAUA